CUCCGCAGGCUUUGCCACAUCGGCCCCCUCUCGACUCUCGGAACUCAAAACUCCCCUCCUUCGCUCACUCAUCAAUGGCACUUCGUAAAACCCUGACGGAGCGUCUCCUCGGCUGCCGGAGAGCUCCCCCGCCCCUUCCUGCGGCGAAGCUAGGCUCGUCUCCCUCGCCGGCGUCCGAUCCUGCUCUGCCACUGCGCCGGGAGUACUACACCUCGCCGAAGUCCGGUGGGAGAGGAAUCCUGCGGCGGUUCCUCCACGGCCGGCGGCCCCUGAACGAUGUCGCCACCGAGAUUCUCUCCGGCGGCCGGCUGCAGGAGCAGCUGAGCAGCAUCGGUGCCUCUAGAAACCGUCUCCGCCUUGAAGGUCUCUCACCGCCGGCACCGGCGCCGGCCACCGGAUUUCCGGAGUUUGGGGGGCUGUCGGUCCUCGAUACGAGAAAGCUGCUGAGGCUGGCCCGGAUGGAGCUGCUAAAGGCGGAGCUCAGGGGGAUCUCCGAGAGCUCGAUAUCGUAUAGCGAGUUCAUUAAUAUCUGCAAUCGGACCUGUGGGAGCAAUGAUGAGGCAAUGGAGUUUGCAAAGAUGCUGGAUGAGUCGGGGAACGUCAUCGUUUUGGGGAAUGUCGUCUUCCUUCGGCCCGAGCAGGUGGCCAAAUCGAUGGAGGCGAUUCUCUGUCAAUACAUGACGGUGCCUAACGACUCGAGAAGAGCGGAGCUAGAGCAGAUGGAGGAGCAGAAGUUGGCGAUCGACAGGAAGGCCCGGGUCCAUGUCCAGGCCGAGCUCUACUCCGGGCUGGGCCUCCUGGUCGCCCAGACGCUCUUGUUCAUGAGGCUCACCUUCUGGGAGCUGACCUGGGACGUGAUGGAGCCCAUCUGCUUCUUCGUCACAUCCCUCCACUUCGCCCUCGCAUAUGGAUUCUUCCUAAGGACAUCGACUGAGCCCUCCUUCAAGGGCUACUUCGACCAGAGGUUCAGGACCAAGCAGAGGAAGCUCAUGAGGGCCCAGAACUUUGACGUCGAUCGGUAUAACGAGCUGUGCAAGGUUUUUUACCCGAAAGAGGUUGGCUCUUCAAGAGGGAAGGAGCCGUUAUCGGCCAUGGCCUUGGGUAGGGACUGAUUAGUUAAUAAAUACACAAGUAAGGGAUGUAAACGGAAGAAUUAGAUUAUCCCGGGGAACUUCUACGGUGCGCUGAUGCUCUUUUUCUUUAUAUUUCGGGGUCAUUAUUUUUGCUCAAUCGCGAGUGGAUAAUUCCUUUUUGCUCGGGUUAUCUAACUCAAACCAGAUUUUCUGGUGUACAUUGUGCAUGUAUUCAUGCUGCACAGAUUUAUGUAUCCAGGCAUGUAUAUUAUCCAUCAUCAGAAGACAUCUUUUUCAGUAA